CGUCACAGCCCAAACACCGGAUGAGGCAGACCCUCGAAAGAGGAAGAUGCUGAAGUAGUUUGAAUUAUGAUGUUGGCGUUAUCUGAUUUACAUUUGAUCCUGUCGUGAUGGACCAUCUCUACUCGCUCCCAUACGGCGCGGAGCCUCCCGCGGUGUCUGUGUCCGAGAUGACGCCCGAGGUGCAACAACCUAAGGGGGAAGAACUGCGCUUACUGCGCGACCGGAUGCAGGCGAAGACCAGGGUGAACAUCGGCUUCGCUUUCCCAAGAUGGAGGGCGCUCCGGACCAAGCUGGGGAUACGGAAAGACGCCGAACUAGCUUUGGUUCUACUGGAAAGCCUCUCGAAGAAAAAAGUUCAGGAGGAGGCUGGUAUCGAUCCUCAAAACACAGUAAUCAACUGUAAAGACUCAUGGGAAACGGCCAGUGAAGAAAGUGUGUCUGAUGAGGAUUGUGCUGCAUCCAUUAGUCUGAGACUCUGCAGUCGCCCUGCAGAUGAUUCAGAUGGAAGAGGUGAAAGAACAGAAGAAGAGUGACGAAUCUGAAGAUAACGGAGCUCCUAAACUUGACAGCUUGACUCUUAAAACACAAGGACCUUCCAGCCCGAGUGGAGGAAAGAGCAGCCGAAGAAGAGGCAGUCCACUGCCUGGUCCACCAGCCAAUCAAAUACCACCUCCCGGUUCCCUGAGCCAAUCGUCACCCUCAGCUUAAAGUUGCACCCUUCGCUCAGGUUAUUGUUGCUGAUUGGAAACAGGUUCACCACUUCCAUGUCAAAGGUCACUGCAGAGCCGGUGGUGAUGGCGGGUAGCUGGUUGGUCAUCUCUUUACCGUUUACAAAGACAGCACCUGAGCGGAGAAACAUCAACACCUGUUGCAGCACGCCAUGGGAGGAAACUGAAUUUUGAAAACAUUAUUUUUUUAAAUGUGCUGAAAGAAAACGAGCCUUUAAAAGCUGAAUUAUUUGAAUUAUAAUUUAUACUUUUAAGCUCUGUGUGAGAUGAUCAGAAAUCUUUGAAAGUUUUGACUGCAGAUAAAAUACUAUAUUGCACAAACAGCAAAAAUAGGAUUAAACUGGUAUUUUCAACAGUUAAUCCUGCUUUUUGCAGUUAAAGUCACAGUGCAGCUAUGGAUACAUCUGCAGUCUAUCUUUAUAGAUAGAUAAAGAACUUAAGAGCAUGUGUGGACUGAGACUAAGUGAUAAAAUGAAAAAGUAAUAAUGUGGAUGUAUCCUUCAUCUCUUCAGUUGCAUCAAAUGCUUUACUGUAGUGAAAUGAACAAUAAAGAUUUGUGGAGAGAGUGA